AUGUCGACCGUUGGUCGCUGCCGCAGCGGCUUGCAGGGGCCCAUGGGUGUGGGUAGCGGCAGCACCACCCCGACAAUGUUCAAGGCAGCACUCAGGCACCUCCGGCGGCAGCAGCAGCAGCGCCUCACACGGUGCCGCGCCGGCUCGGAGGACGAGCCGCCCGGUACCCCGAGCACCAGCACCAGCCGUCCCGCGGCCGACCCGGCCUCCCCGAAUGGCGGCGACAGUCCCGAGGGCUCCGGCAUGGGGGAACAGAAGAUUGCAGGCUCUGAGCGCGGCGACCUGCAGAUCCCCAAGGCAGGCAGGGAGGUGAUUGAGAAGCUGCGGUACAGUGUGUUUGGCUACGACACGCUGUGGGUCACGAGCGUUGACAACUACCAGGAGAGCGGGGUGGUGUUCAAGGGCAACCUGCGGGCCAAGGACCCGGCAGCGGGCUACGCCAAAAUGAAGGACAAGCUCCGGGCUGAGCUGGGCGAUGACUGGCAGAUCUUCCUGCUGGAGGACAAGGACGAGAAGCCCACAGCCGUGGUGCUGCCCAGCACUGCGCGGGAGGGCCAGAUCAGCAGGUUCACGGAGAUCUGGCUGGCGGUGUCAUUUGGGAUCUUGACGACCGUCACGACCCUCAACAGUGCAGGGGUCCCGCUGCUGCAAUUCCUGAUUGACCCCUUCCGCACGGCAAUCUCGCUCAAGGAUAUAACCGAUGCUCUACCGCUGGCAGGCGCCUUCUGGUUUACGCUCGGCGCCCAUGAGUGGGGCCACCGCUGGGCCGCCGGCCGCCAGGGCGUAAGCCUGUACCUGCCCCUCAUUGUCCCGGCUGGCUUCGGCUUCCUCGGAUCCUUCGGCGGCCUCACGAGGUUCCGAGGGUUUGUGCGGGACAGGACUGCACUGCUGGACGUCGCCGCCUCGGGGCCGGCCGUGGGCACAGCGGCCAGCCUGGGGCUGGUGCUGGCGGGCUUGGGGCUCAGCAGCGCGGGGCUUGGUGACGUCACCGUUGACAGCGCCGCGUUCGCGGACAGCUGGAGCAUCGGGCUGAUGGUGCAGGCGGCGUUGGGCGACGCUCUGGCCAACCCAGAGGUCCGCGUGAGCUCCCUGUUGGUGGCGGGCUGGGCUGGGCUGGUCGUCAACGCCCUCAAUUGCCUGCCUGCCGGCGAGCUGGACGGCGGGCGCAUGGCGCUGGCGCUCUUCGGCCGCAGGCACGCUGAUGUCACGCGCCUGCGAGGUUCAUCAACGGCAGACGGCACAACCAAGCAGGGUGGCAGCCGAUCCUUGGGCUACACCGCGCUGGGCGUGCUGACCAUCGCGGCGCUGGCCAUCACCUCCUUCAACUCCACCCUGGCCUUCUACUGGAUCCUCUUCCUGCUGGCCCUGCAGCGCGGCCCCGCCCUGCCCUGCCAGCAGGAGGUCGCGCCACCGGAGGACCAGGGCCAGCGGCGGCUGGCAUACGCUCUGAUGGCGCUGCCGCUGCUGGUGCUGCCCCCUCUGCCCGUGGACCUGAUCCUGGCCUGGCGCGACAUGGGGACGCCCACGCUGUUCUGA